AAAAAUAAAUUCGGUGAAGUAGAAAAUAGAACAUUUUAUAAAUAUUUGAAAUAUAAAAUGAAAGAAAGAUUUUCACUAUUUCUACCGUUGUAAAGCUUGCAACCGAAACGGUGGCAGUUGCGCCAAAACAAAAAAAAGCACAAAAACAAAAAAAAGGAAAGCACACAGAGCGUUAAAGUGAUGUUGACAACUAUAUAAACAAGCGAAAUUUUUUUCGAAAGAGCAACAACAAUGACAACAAAUAUCUCGUAACAUAAAUAUAAUAAGAAUUUAAUAACAAACAAGUAUACAUUGCAUGAGUUUCGAUAUUUUUGCUUAAUUUUUUUUUUUUUUUUUUUUGUUUCUUUCCUUACAAAUAAAAAUCCCUUUUUGAUGUUCAGCCAAAACAAGCAAAUGACACGGAUUAGGUGAUGUACAAUAAAGCAAGCGAAAAUAAAUAAAUAAAUUUUUGUUUAUCAUCAUAAUUUGUUAAAAAAGAGAAAAAGGGAAAAAGUUACUAUUCCUACAUCAUCAAGAAGAAACAAAAAAAAAAAAAGAAACAUUUUUUUUUCGUUUUUCUUUAAGAACACACUACUCGCAAAAUACUAACUAAACUAAAGUCACGAAAAUUCAUAUUAAAAAUCCACAAUCUCUUGUGACUAUAAAUUGAAAAGAAUAACAACCAACAUCCAAGUAAAGUGCUGAACAGCAACAGUAACAGCAACAGCAGAGUAAUAAGUCAACAGUUGCCCCUAAGCUUUUGCACAGCACACUAUCAAUUUUCAACUUGAGCAAUAACAACGUCAACACUAUAUAUAGCAACAACAGUCAACAAUAGUCAGCAGUAAAAAAAGCAGGCGCAGGAUUAAACAAUAACACUGAAAGCAAAGGUUUUUAAAUCAUCUGGUAUAUAUAUAUAUAUAUAUACAUAUACAUAUACUAUAAAUUUAUAUAUAUAUAUAUAUAUAUAUAUAUUAAAUAUCAAACACACCCACAAUUUUAAUACUAACAUUACUAGUACCAUUGGUAUUGAAUGCAUAAUAUGUUUGUUAUGCUUUGCUUUGUGAUAUCGUUGUGUUGCCGUUGGUAUGUCUUUUCACGCUUUCAAUUGUGAAUUGAGAGAGAAAGCUGUUAAUCUUUGACCAUAAAUUUAAAGAUUUUCUUCUACACUUCCCAAACACAAAGCAAUUUGUUUUCUUGUGUUUGCAUGUGGGUGUGUAUGCGGAUGCAUUGAUUUAUAAAUAUAUACAUAUAUAUAUAUAUAUAUAUCAAGCUUGGAUUUUCUAACCACAACAACUAUACAAAACCACAAGCAUUGGUCAUGGACUCGCCGCUCGCACUUUUACUAUUGAUCUUCUUUGUGAUAAUUAAAGAAAGCUGCCAAGGACCACACGAAAAACGUUUACUUAACCACCUUUUAUCCACCUAUAAUACACUAGAGAGACCAGUAGCUAAUGAAUCAGAACCUUUAGAAGUUAAAUUCGGACUGACUUUGCAACAAAUUAUCGAUGUGGAUGAAAAGAAUCAGAUCUUGACCACGAAUGCGUGGUUAAAUUUGGAAUGGAACGAUUACAAUUUACAAUGGAAUGAUUCCGAAUAUGGUGGUGUCAAGGAUUUGCGUAUAACACCAAAUAAAUUAUGGAAACCCGAUGUGCUUAUGUACAAUAGCGCGGAUGAGGGAUUCGAUGGCACGUAUCACACCAACAUUGUGGUCAAGCAUAACGGCAGUUGUCUGUACGUGCCCCCUGGUAUCUUCAAAAGCACAUGCAAGAUAGACAUCACGUGGUUCCCAUUCGAUGACCAACACUGCGAAAUGAAAUUCGGUAGUUGGACGUACGAUGGAAAUCAGUUGGAUUUGGUUUUGAAUUCCGAAGAUGGAGGGGAUCUUUCCGAUUUUAUCACAAACGGCGAGUGGUAUUUACUUGCAAUGCCCGGCCAAAAGAAUACCAUCACGUAUGCCUGCUGUCCAGAACCAUAUGUGGAUGUAACAUUUACAAUACAAAUCCGUAGACGUACGCUGUAUUAUUUUUUUAAUUUAAUUGUACCAUGUGUGCUGAUAUCAUCGAUGGCUUUACUAGGAUUUACAUUACCGCCCGAUUCGGGUGAAAAAUUAACAUUAGGCGUUACUAUACUUCUAUCCCUAACAGUUUUCCUAAAUCUCGUUGCUGAGUCAAUGCCGACAACGUCGGAUGCUGUUCCUCUUAUAGGAGUUACAAUUCUUCUAUCGCUCACAGUGUUUCUCAACCUUGUAGCUGAGACAUUGCCCCAAGUAUCUGAUGCAAUCCCCUUGUUAGGUACCUAUUUCAAUUGCAUUAUGUUUAUGGUGGCCUCAUCGGUAGUGCUAACAGUAGUGGUAUUAAAUUAUCACCAUCGUACCGCGGACAUACAUGAAAUGCCACCAUGGAUAAAAUCAGUUUUUCUGCAAUGGCUGCCAUGGAUUUUACGUAUGGGCCGUCCCGGGCGUAAAAUCACUAGAAAAACAAUACUUUUAAGCAACCGAAUGAAAGAAUUGGAAUUGAAAGAACGCUCUUCCAAAUCCUUACUGGCCAAUGUUUUAGAUAUCGAUGACGAUUUUCGACAUACAAUAUCGGGAUCACAAACGGCCAUAGGCUCCUCGGCGAGCUUUGGUCGUCCGACAACAGUAGAAGAACAUCAUAAUACGAUCGGUUUUAAUCAUAAGGAUUUACAUUUAAUUCUUAAAGAAUUACAAUUUAUAACGGCGCGCAUGCGCAAAGCCGACGACGAGGCGGAAUUAAUAAGCGAUUGGAAAUUCGCCGCCAUGGUUGUGGAUAGAUUUUGUCUUAUCAUCUUUACGCUAUUUACAAUAAUUGCUACAGUAACAGUUUUACUGUCGGCACCCCAUAUAAUAGUGCAAUAAAAUUAACUUUACAACCACUACAGCAACAACACUAAAUACUGCAGAUUAUCUAUAAGUUAUAGGUUUUUCCAAAUUAGAAAGUUAUUAAAAAGAAAACUUAAAAAUAAAUCCAACUGAAUUUACUAUAUAUUAUAGUAGCAGAAAUGAAAAUG